CCCUGCAGCCCACUGCUGCCAAUUUGGGCUUCAACUCUUCCCUCUUCCGGCUGCACUCUCUGCUCAUCAGGGUCUACAGGACAAGGACCAGGGACCUGAAGGCCUACUGCCAACCAGCAGCCAUGCACACCUGUCCCUGGGUGCCUCCCAGCAUGGUCCUCAGAAUGCUUGGGACCCUCCUACUCGUGGCCACCUCCCUGAGUACUCAGAAUGGAAAGUGGGACAGGCCCAUCUGCACGGAGGGCGUGGUGUUUGUGUCCAGGGGAGAGAGGGCUGUGCUGGCCUGCAACAGCUCCAACGCCCUCAGGCACGUCACCAUCCAGCUGAGCGCUCAUGGGGAGACCAGGACCAUCUUCAGCGAGGCAACCCCAGGAAGCUUCUCCCAAGAAGGGUGGCAGCUCCAGGUGCAAGGGGGCCUGGCCCAGCUGGUGAUCCAGCCUGCCCAGGAUGCCCACGCAGGGCUGUACUUGUGGCAUCUUCAGGGGCUGCAGAGAAACAAAAAGGAAACCAGGCUGAACGUCUUGGAGCCUCAGCAGGAGCAGGAGAUGGAGCCAGGUCCAAUGCUGGCCUUGUCUUCUGGGAGUGUUUCACACCUGUCACCAGAGGUGCUGCCUAGAAUCCAGGAGUCCCGGUUUCGAAUGGGGGUGGUGGUAGCUCCCCUGUUUCUCCUCCUGGUCAUUGUUGCGGUCACUGUGCUCACCCAGUGCUGGCUACAAAGUUCCCGGAAGUUCCAUCAGAUGAGGUUCAGAGCUCUAAGCUAGAGCAUGGCAGACUUGAACCCUCAGCGGAGCUCCAAGGAAGGAAAUGGC